AUGCUGCCAUAUCCAGCAAGGCUUGCCACGGUGUUCCUUGGAUACCUCUGGGGAAACCUGCCGUGUGCCGGCUUCAACGUGGAAACUGGCACCUGCGAGGCCUCGAGCAAUGCGCAGUUUUGCUCCAUGGCCUUGGACCGGAAUCUGUCCAGCUCCUGGGCGUCCACAGCACCAGCACCACAGUGGCUUGAAGCGAGGAUUGAAGGUGGUGAAUACGUCGCCCUGGGCUCCUAUGCCAUCACCUCGGUGCCCGGACGUCCGGACCUGGCGCCCACGGCUUGGCGCCUGGAGGGCCUGGAGCCCUUCAGUUUGAAUCGUCAGACCUUGGACGAGGUGUAUCAACAAACUUGGGAGGAUGGCACCACACACAUUCGAGACCUUGGAGGCCUCACUUCUUGGAGAAGCUACCAGCUGACAAUGCUGGAGGGCACAGGCACACAAGUGGCCAUUGCAGAGCUUCACUUGAUGCCAAAGUUGGGCUAUGAAUUCGAGAUCUCAAGUUGGGCUCCCUGUUCGGUGACCUGCGGUGGUGGGACGCAAAACCGCACGGUCGUUUGUAAAGGGAGCGAUGGGGUUAGCUACAGCGACCACCGCUGUACUACUGGAGAUGCUCCAGUGAGAGUGAGAGAUUGUGGAACAUCCAUUUGCAACUGCGAGGGUGGCUUGGCGUGCAGCGCCACUUGUACUGCCUCAAGUUCUGCCACUUCUGACCUGGGCUGUGGUGUUUUGGUGGAUGGUGCAGUUCUUUCGGCCUGGACUUCAGGUGCUCCACCUCCACAGUGGUUGGAGUAUGACUUGGGCCAGGUGCGAACCCUGGCGGAGUUCUCCCUCACCUCCGGCACCUGCACGGUUUGUACUUUCCAGGAAGGACCUUCUGUGAUCUCAUUGCAGGCCACGAAUCUUCCUCCAGAGUCCAACGGCCGAGCCUGGUAUGAGCUGCGAUCGCCCUUCAGCGUGGGCUCCAUGUGGUCCUCGGGUGAAACUCGCAGGUGGAACCUUCCAGAGGGAGAAGUUCGAUCCUUCCGCUACUGGCGCUUGAACUUUCAUGAGACCAUGGGUGGAGGGGGAACUGUGUACAAGGUACACGUGUCAGAAGUGGGCCUCUAUGCACCCGCAACCACUUUUCGGUUGGUGGUGGGCGAGUGGGGUGUUUGCGAGCCUCUCGGUGGCUAUGGUGCUUGUGGUGCGGGUGUCAGCCGCCGCAGCGUGCAAUGCUUCGACGACGAAGACUACCCACAAUCUUUGGACAACUGUGAGCAUGGCCUCACGACAGCUGCCGAAAUGAGCUGCACAGUGGAUUGCCCUAUUCUUUUGGUGGCUGGGGCUAUACCCCAUCCAGGCUUCUUUGGCGUUCUGAGGUGGUGCCAGCCUGCUUUGAUUCACGAACAUUUGUUUGUCAUUAGAGUCAUAGUCAUAGUGAACCCCUGGACUUGUGGCUUGCGCUUGAGCUGA